CGAGGACAAUAUCGAUCGGAAAUUCGGGGCUGACGGACACGUCAAACUGUUUGACGGACGAGGUGUUUUAGUUUCUCGGGGUCAGCCUUGCCGUGCGGGCCGGAUCGUGUAAUUUUUGAAAACUUGAUGUGCUUGGAUCUAAACCGGUUUGAAAUAUUCCCAGUCGAUUUUUAAAGAUUUAAAGUAUUUGUGUCGUUUUUAAGUAAGUGAUUUUCAAGUUGCAUGACCGGGAAAAAAUUCCAUCGUAAAAAAUGGAGUUGAUUACCUUGAUGCUGACAACCACGCUUUUAGCGUUUAUAGUGAUGUACUUUUUCACGCAUGCUAAUAAAAGGAUACAACUAGUCCGGACGAUGAAUAAGUUACCCGGUCCAAAGGAAUACCCUCUAGUCGGAAAUUCAUUGGAACUCGCAGUGCCACGAAAUCAAUUUUUCAAAAUAUUUGACGACAGGACGAGAAAAUGGGGCCCAAUUUUCAGGACUUGGGAGGGUCCGUUAGCUGUCUUACACAUAACCAGGCCAGAGCAUGCAGAGAUCAUUUUAGCAAGUUCGAAACACAUCGACAAAUCUCUAGUAUACACUUUCCUCCAUCCGUGGCUUGGAACAGGGCUUCUAACAGGAACAGGAGCCAAGUGGCAUUCACACAGGAAAAUGAUCACCCCAACCUUCCACUUCAAGAUCCUGGACAUCUUCCAGGAAGUCUUCGUCGAGAAAUGUCAACUGUUGGUCGAAAAACUCAAGAGCAAAGCUAACAACGAACCUUUCGACAUCUAUCCUUUCAUCACCAGAUGCGCGCUCGACAUCAUUUGUGAGACCGCUAUGGGUACCGAAAUUAACGCGCAAGAAAAAACCGACUCGGAUUACGUCAGAGCUAUUUACGAUAUCAGUGAGCUCACCCUCAAACGGUCCUUCCAACCAUGGUUUUGGCCUGAUUUAGUUUUCAAUAUGACUGACUACGGUAAACGUUAUAGUGAAUGUCUAAGCGUGCUCCACGGAUUCACAACCAGGGUCAUCAAGGAACGUAAAGCUUUGAGAUCGUCGUCAAAUGGAAAGCACAUCGAGCAAACAGUUGACGAAGACGCAGAAUUACUAGGCAAAAAGAAACGACUGGCAUUUUUGGACCUCUUGCUAGAGGCAUCAGAAAAUUCAAACGGGUCCGCGCUCACAGACAUUGAGAUCAGAGAGGAAGUUGACACUUUCAUGUUUGAGGGACACGAUACAACCACAGCCGGUAUCUGCUGGACCCUGUUCCUGCUGGGAUCCCACCCUGAAUAUCAAGAUAAGGUGGCAGAGGAGCUGAACAAUAUUUUUCAGGGUGAUAAUCGUCUUGCAACAAUGAAAGACUUGAAUGACAUGAAGUACUUAGAAAGAUGCAUCAAGGAUUCUUUGAGGCUUUUCCCUAGCGUCCCAUUCAUUGGCAGAACAUUGAAAGAAGAUACAUCUUUUGAUAAUUACCAGGUGCCAAAGGGAACACUGGUCAACUUGCAAAUUUAUCAUAUCCAUCGUUGUAAGGACCAAUGGCCGAACCCUGAAAAGUUCGAUCCUGACAAUUUCCUGCCUGAGCGAAUUUCAAAAAGGCACCCUUACGCCUAUGUUCCUUUCAGUGCUGGCCCUAGGAAUUGUAUUGGUCAAAAGUUUGCCCUCCUCGAAGAGAAAACAAUGCUGUCAGCCGUUUUACGGAACUAUCGUGUUGAGUCACAUGAGAAAUUUGAAGAUCUAACCUUGAUGAACGAGCUUAUUCUACGACCAGAAUCUGGUAUUAUUCUGAAGCUAACUCCUAGGUCCUGAUUCUUGCUUAGGUGAUGAAUAAUUGAGUCAAUCACUUUUUCAGUCAGCUUGAGGUUCAGAGCAACAGCUGACAAUUGAACAAAAUAUGAAGGCAGUGAGAAGUGUCGACCCUCAUUUUGUACCAUCCUCGUAAAGAAAAAACAUAGGAAGAGUAAUACUAGAGAAGAGUAAAAACUGUCGAUGAUUACGGUUUGCUCAAAUCAAGCAGAGGAUUUUUGAUAUCUCGAUCAUGUAGCCUUCAUGUGGUAGUAUGAGGGUAUUUUCUGUAUAUACUGAAUUUGAUACGAUAAGCAUUGACUAUCACAAGAACAUUUUGCUUUAAUAUCGA